AUGGAGACGAAGAGCGAGCACGAGCACACGCAUCUCCCACCUAGUCCACCCCCAUCACCACCAAGACGGCGCCACAAGAAGAAAGCAUCCGACCCAUUCUUCUCGCUGAACAGCAACAUAUCACUAACCUCUCCGUCGCCGCCGAGCUCACCAAAAGGCGAGCCGCAAGAGGAACAAGAGUCUCUUGUCACACGGAUAGUCAUCUCACCCAUACUAUUUACAUCCUUCCUCCUCUCCCUGUUCCUGAUAAAUCGGCGGGAUCGCGUCCGUCGCACGACCUCUUACCCCAAACCCUCCAAAUCAUCCACUUUGAGCCUCCCCACCUACCUCUCUCACUUCUCCCCUAGCGCCUGGAUAGACCCCGAGCCGUAUCAAGACCUCUCAUCCUCCGCCUGGGACGCCCGAGACUCCACACACAUCGAACCGCACAGUGUACUCACGAACGCCUCCCCCUCCAUACAAUUGCAGACAACAAAUAAGCGCCGUUCAUGGCAUCUAAACAAAAAGAUCCGGAAAGUAGCGAAACUCGAGAUUAGUGAUGCGUUUGAGCUACGGGGUCGGGUUAUUCUGAUUCUGGUGUCUGCGAUCGUGUUGGUGGCCGUGGGGUUGUUGUUGGGGCUAAGAUGGAUGGUUGUGAGGGUGGUGUGGGGCUCGGUAUAA